AUGGGUAUCGUCGAAAAGAUUGCCGAGAUCGAGGCCGAAAUGUGAGCCCCUUUGCGAUGGGGAGGUUUUUGGGCAAGAUUGGAGCAUUGUGCGCGGAGCGUACGCAAGAUGCAUGCACCUGAAUGGUGUGCCUUGCGAUACCGUCUGCAUGCUCAUCCACGCUGACGUACCUCUCCAACUCGUCAUUGCAGGGCUCGGACUCAGAAGAACAAGGUGCGAUGGCGGUCCCGUAGCGAAUGUAUGCGCGAAAUCUAUCAGACGUGGUGCUGACUUGCAGAGCUCGCCGCGAUUCUGCAGGCGACAGAGUACCACAUAGGUCUCUUGCGAGCCAAGGUGUCCAAGUUGCGGGUGCAGCUGCUCGAGCCGGAAAAGACGAGUGCAAAGGGCGAAGGUUUUGAUGUUCAGAAGCGAGGAUCAGCGCGGGUAGCGCUGAUUGGCUUUCCUUCGGUGGGCAAGAGUACCCUGCUGAGCACCAUCACGCGCACAGAGAGCGCUACGGCUGCCUACGAAUACACCACAUUGACUGCUAUUCCUGGUGUGCUGGAGUAUGAAGGAGCAGAGAUACAAUUGCUCGAUCUGCCUGGUAUCAUCGAGGGCGCUAGUCAGGGAAGAGGAAGAGGUAGACAGGUCGUGAGCGUCGCAAAGACUGCCGACCUUAUCCUUGUGAGUGUUGCGCCGGUCUGUUUUGCUAGCAAGUAUGUGCGACAGCACGGCAAGGGGCCGCCGGCGGGGCUGCCAAGGCAUCGCUAGAUGCUCAACAUUGCUUUUCGUCUAUCUCAGAUUAUGAUGGACGCGACAAAGUCGGAGCAGCAGAGGGUUUUGUUGGAGAAGGAAUUGGAAGACGUGGGCAUUCGAUUGAAUAAGAAGCCACCUGAUGGUGAGUGGAGGCGGCUAGGAAAGCCUGGUCGAUAGCAGUUGAACAUCCGCUUCUCUUCGCUACCACACCCCUCCAGUCAUCUUGAAGCGCAAACAAGCUGGUGGAAUCGUAGUUUCGAAAGCUAUGGGCUUGACAUUGACAAAGAUUGACGAAAAGAUGAUCAGGACGAUUCUUGCGGUGAGCUCCACACGUCGCAGUCAGCUUUCCAUGGCGGCUUACACAUCUUGAUUGCACAUCAUGCUCAGGGCUACAAGAUGCACGUGAGUGCCCUUUCGCCGGAGCGGGGCUGCAUUGGUAGAGGGCGCACUUCUGACGCAUGCUUUGUAGAACACCGACGUGCUUCUGCGAGAAGACAUUACCGUGGAUCAAUUCAUCGACGUCGUCCUGGGUACAAGAAAGUACACGCCUUGCUUGUACGUCUACAACAAGAUCGACAGUAUAUCCAUGGAGGAGAUGGACAAAUUAGCUAGGAGACCUCACUCUAUCGUCGUCUCGUGCGAGUUGAGACUGAACCUGGAAAGAUUGAAGGAUCGGAUAUGGGUGAGCAGGCGUCGAGCUGCGCCAAGUCGAGAAGCGCCGCAAUGCUCAUUCGACCGAGCUGUUCUGGACCGCGCGCAGAAUGAGAUGAAUCUUUUGCGCGUGUACACGAGAAAGAGGGGAGAACAUCCAGAUUUGGAAGAUCCGGUCAUCGUGCGAGCUGGCGGGACGAUCGAAGAUGUGGUGCGUCGACGAGACGAGACAAGGGAGAGGGGGGGGGAAGGGCAUUGUCCCGCUCGGCCUUCUCUGAGCGCUGAUUCUGGUGCGCCAAUUACACAACCAGUGCAACUCCAUCCACAAAUCCCUCGUCGAGAAAUUCAGCUAUGCGACGGUUUGGGGUAAAUCGAGCAAGUGCGUCGAGGUCCCCCCCUGGCCUUGCUAGCCUUCCACGGAAACCUUUUAAUCAGUCGGCUCAUCGUACUUUUGCCCCCGCCUGAUUUGUCACCGCGAUGCAGAUUCUUACAGGGGCAAAAAGUAGGCAUCAGUCAUGCCAUUUCGGAUGGGGACGUCGUCACCUUAUUCAUGAGUAAGUGGCAACGCAAUCGCUUGUUGUAUGGCCUUGCUCCCCCCCGCGCAACGUCGGAGCAAGUGCUGAAACUGCGCAACCUUCGAAUCGGUCUCUCCAUCUUUGUUGCAACGAAUGCCCCAUCUCUAGAAUAA